GACGUAGUCUGCUAGUAAGAAUUCUACAAUACGCGAUGUUGUCAUCUACAGCUGUCAUUUUCUGACGUCUCUACGAACCAUACAUGUGGUGAACCCAGUAUUAAAUUCAUCAUGUGUCAAAAGUGUUCGAGAGACUGCUACAAAAAAAAAUCUUAAUUCUUAUAAAUUUUAAAAGUAAAUGUGAGAUUUUAUCCCGCUCGACACGAUCAUCGGAGUUCUAUUAUAAUUAUAUCGAAGAUUUUUCUUCAACCCUGAGGAUUACUGAGGAAACUUUUAUACGCAAGAAGCACGCGAUGGCCUAUUCAAUCAACAGGCGUCCACUGCUGGCUGGCGUCAGCGACAGUGAAUUUGAAGACGAUUUGACGGAAGUCGAUGAUCCCAGUAUUGUUAUACGGGAUGAAAAACCUCUUUUCAAACCACACGAACCCUCUGACAAAUAUAACAUGGCAAUUAUCAUUUUCUAUUUUCUGGGGAUGAAUACGCUAAUUCCCUGGGGGUUUUUCGUUACUGCAGAUGACUAUUGGAUGUUCAAGUUCCGAGAUAUUCAUGUUAACAAUACUGGAAGACAUAAUUAUACUCAUACGGAAAAUUUGGAAAGACGAAAUGACCUUCAAGCAAGCUUUACUUCCUACCUCAGCGUUGCGAGUGCAAUACCAAAUACGCUCUUCCUGGUGGUAAACACUUUCAUCAGCAAAAAGCUGUCUCUAAGAACACGUAUGGUCGGCUCCCAAACUAUAGUUCUUGCUUUGUUCAUCUUAACAACAGCUCUUGUCAGAGUUAACACAGAUGAAUGGCAGGAUCUGUUUUUUAUCAUUACACUAUCGACGGUCGCCGCCAUAAACGCGUCCUGUGCUAUCUUUGGAGGUAGUUUCAUGGGAAUUGCUGGACGAAUCGGGUCUGGAUAUAUUACAGCUAUGAUGGGAGGACAAGCUUUAGGUGGCAUUUUCACAGCGCUUGCUGAAAUCGGUUCUCUGUGGAUAGGUGCGAGUCCCGUAUUAUCAGGGCUUGUGUACUUCAUCAUUGGGGAUGUAAUGCUUUUCCUUUCAUUGGUGGCUUACGUUAUUCUUGAGAGAGGGGUAUUUUUCAAGUAUCACAUGUUGGAUCGUCCGGGUUCAGAGUCUCUCAUUGAAUCUGAUAGACUGAAUCAUGCUGGAUAUAAUUCCCAAAAUACAGAAUACUCGGGGCACAGACCCGAUGUGAUAUCAUAUUCAAGAAUUUUUAUGAAAACUUGGCACUAUGGAUUGAGUAAUGCGCUCACCUUUUUAAUUACCAUCUCCAUUUACCCAGCUAUCACUGUGCUCGUCGACAGUCAAGAUAAAGGAAAAGGCUACGCAUGGAAUGACGUCUACUUUGUCCCAGUUGUUGGUUACCUUUUGUUCAGUGUCGGCGAUCUCUGUGGAAGAAUAUCAGCUGGAAUUCUGGAAUGGCCUAAAAACAGACCAUGGUUAGUGAUUUUCCUGAGUUCUGUGCGAAUUUUGUUCAUACCAGCAAUCCUGUUUUGCAAUGCACAACCUCGACAUCACCUUCCGGUGUACAUUACCGAGGAUAUUUACUACAUCACAAUACUGAUGGGCUUUGCCUUCACCAAUGGGUAUCUUUGUAACGUCGUUUUGAUUCUGGCCCCACUAGUCGUCAAUCACGAGGAGAUAGAAGUGGCAUCAUCAAUGAUGGGUGCGUUCCUGGGUUUUGGAUUGACGAUAGGCUCAGUCGUCAGCCUCUUUAUGGUGAAAAUUCUAUGAUCUGUUAGGAAACCUUUCAAGCACAAUUGUCUACUUAGGUCAAGUAACCAUUUUCUCAGCCCUAAUGCAACAUCAAUGAAAUGCCUGGGCAAGAUAUUAUGUUUAUAGGGUUUCUGAUACUGUUUUUCAAGAACUACAGGUUCUAAACAAAUUCCGUCAUUGACGGGUUCCCACUACUCCCGCUCUUAGCACAUGAGUACUUGGAAUAUUACCAUUCUGCAGAUAUUCUAGAUUUUUUUACCUUUCACAGAUACUUUUAUCUCAUUCCAAAUCUGUGAUCAGCAUUGUAUUUGUUAUGUUAUUUUGAUACAAUUAUACAAUACUACUAACUCAAUCAGCCAGAUGGUGAUCAUAUACCAGAUUUGUAAUUGUUAUUUUGCAUUUCUAUUACUUAAAACCGGCACAAAUAGGGUACUUUGUAGCGAUACCAUAUUGGAAUGAUUACAUACAUUUAUAAAAAACCUAUAAAAAAAUGUGAAAGCAAGGAUAUUGUAGGGAUGAAGUAAACUGGAACUCGCGGGUGAAUUUUUCAAAAAUCGGAUCAAUCGUUGAAAUUUGUUAUUGUCUUGUGUAGCAUAAGCAUAAGCGUGCCGUUGUGUCAGAAAUUGAAUUUCAAGAUCUUUUUUUCAGACUUCAUUGCGGAUGGCUUACACUUCCUAACCGUUUUCAAAUAAUCUGACAAAACUUUAAAUCAAUGACCUCAACUCUGUGUUGCUUUUUAUGUAUUCAGUACCCGAAGACGUUUGGAUCUGUCAGGAGACAAUAGCAAUGUAUCCUGAGAAUCUAAUCAGUUAGCAUAAUGACUAAAUCAUUUCAGAAUAUUUACAAGAAUGUAUAGGGCAGUUAAGCGAAAGGUUGCAUCACGUUUGAAAUCUAUUGAAUUCUUCCGAUUGACUCGGAUGUCGAUGAAGUAUUGAAGUAGAGCAAUAUUCUUACAAUUAGAUGUAAUUCUCUGCGCGAUACGAUGCAACAAUUAGACAAAUUUAUGUUGACUUAGCUCAGUUACAAAGCAAGUCGAUUAGUAAAUAAUUUUUAUGUAUGUUAUUAAUAAAAAGAAUAAUGUUCAAAACAAA